AUGGCUUUGAAGAUUCUGGAGAAGAGAGAUUCAGAAUAUGAGUCAGAAUUUGAAGAAGAUUUUGCUUCUGAAGAUAAGUCAGAACUUGAAAGUUCCGAAGGUGAUUCUGAGUCUGAAGAAGAAUCAAAAGAUGAGUUAGAAUAUCAAGGAGAUUCUACUUCUAAAGAUGAGUCAGAACUUGAAAGUUCUGAAGGUAAAUCAAACUCUGAAGGUGAUUCUGAGGAUGAAUCUGAAGGUGACUCUGAAGAUGAGUCAGAUGGUGAAUUUGAUUCUGAUUCGGAUUCUGAUGAUGAUCCAGAAUCUGGUGGUGGAACUUCUGAAGACAGAGCUUCUGAAGGUAAUCCAGCUUCUGACGGUGGUCAUGAUUCUGAAAGAAAAGAUUAUGAAGUUGGAACUUCUGAAGGCAGAGCUUCUGAAGGCGAUCCAACUUCUAAAGGUGGUGGUUUUGAACAAGACCUAGAAGUUAACAAAGGUGGAACUUCUGAUGGUAGUCAAACUUCCGAAGAAAAUCUAGAAGGAGAUAUGGUUCCAGAAUCAGAAGGAGAUUCGGAACUAUUGGGUAUUGAAGAAGCACUCGAGGAGAAAGGUUGUCUGAAUGCCAUAAAAGAAGAACUUGAGGCUUUAGAAGGAAACAAGACUUGGAAGUUAACUAAGCUUCCAAAGGAAAAGAAAACCAUCAGCGUCAGAUGGGUUUUCAAGGAGAAAUCUGCAUUUCUAAAUGGAGUAUCAGAAGUUGCACACUAUAGCAACCAGAAGAAACUUGCAGAUGUUUUGAUGAAGGAUGUCAAGACUGAACACCUUAUCCGUUUGAGGGAUGGAAUUAGCGUUGUUAGCUUUGAUUGA